AGGUGUGGUGGGAGUGGCAGUUGAAUGGGGCAGUUGGAGAGGAGGACUUCAGGCAGGUGGGACAAGAGAAGCUGAAUCUGAGGUCCUUGGGGAGAAGGAGGCCCAGGAGUCCUGGGCAGUAGGUGCCAGGCUCUGAGCCCCAUGACUGCUGACCCUCCUCCCCUCCCUCUCAUCCUCAGCCCAGAGUGAAAGUAUCCCCAGGCCAAAACCCCAGGGCUCCAGGCUGCCAUCAGGAUGGUGGGUGAAGGACCCUACUUUAUCUCAGAUCUGGGCCAGCGAGGCCGGCGGAGAUCCUUUGCAGAGAGAUAUGACCCCAGCCUGAAGACCAUGAUCCCAGUGCGACCCUGUGCAAGGUUGGCACCCAACCCGGUGGAUGAUGCGGGGCUGCUCUCCUUCGCCACAUUUUCCUGGCUCACACCGGUGAUGGUGAAAGGCUACCGGCAAAGGCUGACCGUGGACACCCUGCCCCCAUUGUCGCCAUAUGACUCAUCCGACACCAAUGCCAAAAGAUUUCGAGUCCUUUGGGAUGAAGAGGUAGAAAGGGUGGGUCCUGAGAAGGCCUCUCUGAGCCGCGUGGUCUGGAAAUUCCAGAGGACGCGCGUGUUGAUGGACAUCGUGGCCAACAUACUGUGCAUCAUCAUGGCAGCCAUAGGGCCGGUGAUUCUCAUUCACCAAAUCCUCCAGCAGACCGAGAGCACCUCUGGGAAUGUCUGGGUUGGCAUCGGCCUUUGCAUAGCCCUUUUUGUCACCGAGUUUACCAAAGUCUUCUCCUGGGCCCUUGCCUGGGCCAUCAACUACCGCACGGCCAUCCGGUUGAAGGUGGCGCUCUCCACCUUGGUUUUUGAAAACCUGGUGUCCUUCAAGACAUUGACGCACAUCUCUGUUGGCGAGGUGCUCAAUAUACUGUCAAGUGAUAGCUAUUCCUUGUUUGAAGCUGCCUUGUUUUGUCCCUUGCCAGCCACCAUCCCGAUCCUAAUGGUCUUUUGUGCGGCAUACGCCUUUUUCAUUCUGGGGCCCACAGCUCUCAUCGGGAUAUCGGUGUAUGUCAUAUUCAUCCCCGUCCAGCAUUCAACAUGCAAUAUGAGACCACCUUGGACUGUGUUCUAUUUUGCAGAUAUAAGAAGGAGGGAAAGAAAAUUACUGGAAAAAGCUGGAUUUGUCCAAAGUGGAAACUCUGCCCUGGCCCCCAUUGUGUCCACCAUAGCCAUCGUGCUGACAUUCUCCUGCCACAUCCUCCUGAGACGCAAACUCACUGCACCCGUGGCAUUUAGUGUGAUUGCCAUGUUUAAUGUAAUGAAGUUUUCCAUUGCAAUCUUGCCCUUCUCCAUCAAAGCAAUGGCUGAAGCGAAUGUCUCUCUAAGGAGAAUGAAGAAAAUUCUCAUAGAUAAAAGCCCCCCAUCUUACAUCACCCAACCAGAAGACCCAGAUACUGUCUUGCUUUUAGCAAAUGCCACCUUGACAUGGGAGCAUGAAGCCAGCAGGAAAAGUGACCCAAAGAAAGUGCAGAACCAGAAAAGGCAUUUAUUCAAGAAACAGAGGUCAGAGGCAUACAGUGAGUGGAGUCCACCAGCCAAGGGAGCCACUGGCCCAGAGGAGCAAAGUGGCAGCCUCAAAUCGGUUCUGCACAGCAUAAGCUUUGUGGUGAGAAAGGGGAAGAUCUUGGGAAUAUGUGGGAAUGUGGGAAGUGGAAAGAGCUCCCUCCUUGCAGCUCUCCUAGGACAGAUGCAGCUGCAGAAAGGGGUGGUGGCGGUCAAUGGAACUUUGGCCUACGUUUCACAGCAGGCGUGGAUCUUUCAUGGAAAUGUGAGAGAAAACAUACUCUUUGGAGAAAAGUAUGAUCACCAAAGGUAUCAGCACACAGUCCGCGUCUGUGGCCUGCAGAAGGACCUGAGCAACCUCCCCUAUGGAGACCUGACUGAGAUUGGGGAGCGGGGCCUCAACCUCUCCGGGGGGCAGAGGCAGAGGAUUAGCCUGGCCCGCGCCGUCUACUCUGACCGUCAACUCUACCUGCUGGACGACCCCCUGUCGGCCGUGGACGCCCAUGUGGGGAAGCACGUCUUUGAGGAGUGCAUUAAGAAGACGCUCAGGGGGAAGACAGUCGUCCUGGUGACCCACCAGCUACAGUUCUUAGAGUCUUGUGAUGAAGUUAUUUUAUUAGAAGAUGGAGAGAUUUGUGAAAAGGGAACCCACAAGGAGCUAAUGGAGGAGAGAGGGCACUAUGCAAAACUGAUUCACAACCUGCGAGGAUUGCAGUUCAAGGAUCCUGAACACCUUUACAAUGCAGCAAUGGUGGAAGCCUUCAAGGAGAGCCCCGCUGAGAGACAGGAAGAUGCUGGUAUAAUCGUUUUGGCUCCAGGAAAUGAGAAAGAUGAAGGAAAAGAAUCUGAAACAGGCUCAGAAUUUGUAGACACAAAAGUUCCUGAGCACCAGCUCAUCCAGACUGAGUCCCCCCAGGAAGGAACCGUGACCUGGAAAACAUAUCACACGUACAUUAAGGCUUCUGGAGGGUACCUCCUUUCUCUCUUCACUGUGUUCCUCUUCCUCCUGAUGAUUGGCAGCUCUGCCUUCAGCAACUGGUGGCUGGGUCUCUGGUUGGACAAGGGCUCACGGAUGACCUGUGGGCCCCAGGGCAACAGGACCACGUGUGAGGUCGGCACGGUGCUGGCAGACAUCGGUCAGCAUGUGUACCAGUGGGUGUACGCUGCGAGCAUGGUGUCCGUGCUGGUGUUUGGUGUCACCAAAGGCUUCGUCUUCACCAAGACCACACUGAUGGCAUCCUCCUGUCUGCAUGACAUGGUGUUUAAUAAGAUCUUAAAGAGCCCAAUGAGCUUCUUUGACACGACUCCCACUGGCAGGCUAAUGAACCGUUUUUCCAAGGAUAUGGAUGAGCUGGAUGUGAGGCUGCCGUUUCACGCAGAGAACUUUCUGCAGCAGUUCUUUAUGGUGGUAUUUAUUCUCGUGAUCUUGGCUGCUGUGUUUCCUGCUGUCCUUUUAGUCGUGGCCGGCCUUGCUGUAGGCUUCUUCAUUCUCUUACGUAUUUUCCACAGAGGAGUCCAGGAGCUCAAGAAGGUGGAGAAUGUCAGCCGGUCACCCUGGUUCUCCCACAUCACCUCUUCCAUGCAGGGCCUGGGCAUCAUUCAUGCCUAUGGCAAGAAGGAGAACUGCGUCACCCAUCACCUCCUCUACUUUAACUGUGCUCUCAGGUGGUUUGCGCUGAGAACGGAUGUCCUCAUGAACAUCCUUACCUUCAUUGUGGCCUUGUUGGUGACCCUGAGUUUCUCCUCCAUCAGCAUUUCAUCCAAAGGCCUGUCAUUGUCAUACAUCAUCCAGCUGAGCGGACUGCUCCAAGUGUGUGUGCGAACGGGAGCAGAGACCCAAGCCAAAUUCACCUCCGUGGAGCUGCUCAGGGAAUACAUUUUGACCUGUGUUCCUGAAUGCACUCAUCCCCUCAAAGUGGGGACCUGUCCCAAAGACUGGCCCAGCCAUGGGGAGAUCACCUUCAGAGACUAUCAGAUGAGAUACAGAGACAACACCCCCCUUGUUCUCGACAGCCUGAACCUGAACAUACAAAGUGGGCAGACAGUUGGGAUUGUUGGAAGAACAGGUUCCGGAAAGUCAUCAUUAGGAAUGGCCUUGUUUCGUCUGGUGGAGCCAGCCAAUGGCACAAUCUUCAUUGAUGAGGUGGAUAUCUGCACUCUCAGCUUGGAAGACCUCAGAACCAAGCUGACCGUGAUCCCACAGGAUCCUGUCCUGUUUGUAGGUACAGUAAGGUACAACUUGGAUCCCUUUGAGAGUCACACCGACGAGAUGCUCUGGCAGGUUCUGGAGAGAACGUUCAUGAGAGACACAAUAAUGAAACUCCCAGAAAAAUUACAGGCAGAAGUCACAGAAAAUGGAGAAAACUUCUCAGUAGGGGAACGUCAGCUGCUUUGUGUGGCCCGAGCUCUUCUCCGUAAUUCAAAGAUCAUUCUCCUUGAUGAAGCCACCGCCUCUAUGGACUCCAAGACUGACACCCUGGUCCAGAACACCAUCAAAGAUGCCUUCAAAGGCUGCACUGUGCUGACCAUCGCCCACCGCCUCAACACAGUUCUCAACUGCGAUCACGUCCUGGUUAUGGAAAAUGGGAAGGUGAUUGAGUUUGACAAGCCUGAAGUCCUUGCAGAGAAGCCAGAUUCUGCCUUUGCGAUGUUACUAGCAGCAGAAGUCAGAUUGUAGAGGUCCUGGCGGCUGAUUCUAGAGGAGGAAGAGGCUCUGUGAGAUGAGCAGGAGGGGUGUUCAGGAGGAGGAGCUGUCCUCUCUGCAAGUAGCCCUGGUCUCCAGCCCCUCCCAUCCAUGGAGUGAGCUGGCGCUGAAGUUGUCCCCCGUGUCAUACUCAGUCCAUGUCACCCCACUUGGUGGGCUUGGGGUUGGUUCUGGGUGGUGAACCUAGGCAGACAAAGCUAAUGGAUUAAAAAACUGCCCUUCACCUCCCAAAACCCCAAGGGUUCCUCAUGUGUUUUUACCAAAACCACCCCACUGCCUAAGAAUGAAUAUAUUGUAACUUUCAGUUAGAAACCAGCCACAAUAAAGAAAAUGGGAAAAUG